UGGAUCUGAGGUGUCAAAUAGAAAUAUUCCUGCUGGGGCAUUGUAACUUUAAAAAUCCUAUGAAUAUUUUCUGGGGUACAUUGUAUUUUGUUUUGUUUAUUUUUGUUAAACAUUUUCCAAUUACUUUUUAAUUCAGUUACUGAGAUUGAGCCCUUUAAAUGAGAUGAUUUCUUCUAAAGUCCCUUCCAGGUUUAAAAUUAGGAUUCUCUGACCAAGCCUUGAGACUUUGUUAAGAGAGAACAUCUGGAUAACUGGAGGAGAGAAAUCAUGGAUUGCAAAAUCAAAUCCUAUUUGUUGAAAUCUCUUAUUAUUGAGAUUCAAAAUACUUAAAAAAAAAAAAAAAAACAUGUUUGCUUAGUUGGGAAAAUUGCUUCUCAUUUCACAAGUUAUUUGAAUCUAGCUGGUGCCUCCAUUGACGAUUCUAUGUGACCGAACAUGUGAACAGAAACCUUUUUCUACCUUUCCCCCAUCUUCUCACCUCCCCUGGAAAGCCAAGGGCCUUUAAGAUGAAUCUGUUCCUGCUAAUGAAGAUGGUGGGGGACAGUUUGUCUUCUUAAAAUCAUUUGGUUUGGGACAAACUCAACCCAGCUGCAGCAGGAGUUGUGAUUGGCCGAGAUCUGGGGUUUUCCAGGGUGAUUUGCAUAUUGUCCAGUUCUCUGCAUGCCUUUCUGUUUACAUCACUUUGGAGAGACACAUAGAGGCACCCACGCAGAUUGAACAAGAGACAUUUUGAAAGAGGAUGAGUGUACAGAACCAGCAAGAAUUUCUUAGGAGAGAAAGCUGCCCGUGGAUACUAAAUGCUGCCCUAGAUUAUGAGCUCAAGCAAGAGUGCACGAUAUAAUCGUUUCUCUGGUGGCCCAGCAAACCUCCCUCCCUCGGACAGCACAAACGGGACCAGAAUGGAAACUACCUUUGGUCCUGCCUUUUCAGCUGUUACCACCAUUACUAAAGUAGCUGAUGGGACCAGCACGUACAAACAGCACCGUAGAACUCCCUCCUCCUCCAGCACACUCACCUACUCCCAGAGGGACGAAGAGGACGGCAUGCCCCCGAUCAACACUCCCCGUCGCUCUGAUUCGGCCAUAUCUGUUCGCUCCUUGCAUUCUGAAUCCAGCAUGUCCUUACGCUCCACGUUCUCCCUGCAUGAAGAGGAAGAAGAGCCAGAGCCUCUGGUGUUUGCAGAGCAGCCAUCAGUGAAACUGUGCUGUCAGCUUUGCUGCAGUGUGUUCAAGGACCCAGUGAUCACAACCUGUGGGCACACGUUCUGUAGAAGAUGUGCCUUAAAGUCUGAGAAGUGCCCAGUGGACAAUGCCAAGCUGACCGUGGUGGUGAACAACAUUGCUGUGGCUGAGCAGAUCGGCGAGCUCUUCAUUCACUGCAAGCAUGGUUGCCGCACUGUAGGCAGUGGAAAGCCUGCCACCUUCGAAGUAGAUCCCCGUGGCUGCCCCUUCACCAUCAAACUCAGCUCCAGGAAAGACCAUGAAGGCAGCUGUGACUACCGGCCUGUGAGAUGCCCCAACAACCCCAGCUGCCCCCCUCUGCUGAAAAUGAACCUGGAAGCACAUCUCAAAGAAUGCGAACACAUCAAGUGUCCUCACUCCAAAUAUGGCUGCACAUUCAUAGGAAAUCAGGACACCUAUGAAACUCACUUGGAAACCUGUAAGUUUGAAGGCCUGAAGGAGUUCUUGCAACAGACGGACGACCGUUUUCAUGAAAUGCAUGUGGCCCUGGCACAGAAAGACCAAGAAAUUGCCUUCCUCCGGUCAAUGCUUGGGAAACUGUCAGAGAAGAUUGACCAGCUGGAGAAGAACCUGGAGCUCAAAUUCGAUGUGCUGGAUGAGAACCAGAGCAAACUGAGCGAAGAUCUCAUGGAGUUCCGACGGGAUGCAUCCAUGUUGAAUGAUGAGCUGUCUCAUAUCAAUGCCCGCUUAAAUAUGGGAAUCCUAGGAUCCUAUGACCCCCAGCAGAUCUUCAAGUGCAAAGGGACCUUUGUGGGCCACCAAGGCCCUGUAUGGUGUCUCUGUGUCUACUCCAUGGGAGACUUGCUUUUCAGCGGUUCCUCUGACAAAACCAUUAAGGUGUGGGACACCUGCACAACCUACAAAUGCCAGAAGACCUUGGAAGGCCAUGAUGGCAUUGUGCUUGCGCUCUGUAUCCAAGGGUGCAAGCUAUACAGUGGAUCUGCGGAUUGUACCAUUAUUGUCUGGGACAUUCAGAACCUGCAGAAGGUCAACACCAUCCGAGCUCAUGACAAUCCUGUUUGCACUUUGGUUUCCUCACAUAACAUGCUCUUCAGUGGUUCCCUCAAAGCCAUCAAGGUCUGGGAUAUUGUGGGCACAGAACUGAAGCUCAAGAAAGAGCUCACAGGCCUCAAUCACUGGGUACGGGCCCUGGUGGCCUCUCAGAACUACCUGUACAGUGGCUCCUACCAGACAAUCAAGAUCUGGGACAUCCGAAACCUCGAGUGUAUCCAUGUGCUACAAACAUCGGGAGGCAGUGUCUACUCCAUCGCAGUGACAAAUCACCACAUUGUCUGCGGAACCUAUGAGAACCUCAUCCAUGUUUGGGAUAUUGAAUCUAAGGAGCAGGUGCGGACAUUAACAGGUCAUGUAGGGACCGUAUAUGCCCUGGCAGUCAUCUCCACCCCGGACCAGACCAAAGUUUUCAGCGCCUCCUACGAUCGCUCCCUCAGAGUCUGGAGCAUGGACAACAUGAUCUGCACACAGACUCUCCUUCGGCACCAGGGCAGUGUCACUGCACUGGCCGUCUCCCGGGGUCGUCUGUUCUCCGGAGCUGUAGAUAGCACUGUCAAAGUUUGGACUUGUUAAUGGGAGAAUCCGGGCCAGUCCUCCCCCUGGGAACCACCAGAUCCUUGCCCUGUGUUGUGCCAUCCCAUGGCCAGAGCCUUGGAGGGAAUCCCCAGGAAUGGUUACCACACAAGUCAGCCAAGCAAUUGAUCCUGAACUUUUGCCCCAAAGCUGCUGCCCCAGGUACUGGGCACCCUCCUGGGCAGUGCAGGUACCUCAGCCCUCCUGCUCUGCCUACCCCACCCUAGCCACAGGAUGGAACAUUAAAUGGACCCAUGAUGGACUCUUCCACAAACAAAUACACAUGCACAUGUUCAUGAUAGACCGACACUCCAGCCAGUUCCUCGGAGUCCCCUGUCAGAAUAGCCUGGUGGGCAUGGGGGACCCCAAUCCAGAGGCCCAAUCACUGCUGGAGAAGAGGGGCACACUCCCUUCCCUUUGUAGACGGUAAUAGAUGCUCCCCUGGCACUUGGGGCCUGCUGGUUGGGCCACACACACACAAACACACUCCUUUCCUCCCACCCGUUGUUGUUCGCCAUGCUGCCAAGACACUAUCAAGCUUCUAUCGAAUGGUGGGCUGUUGGGAACGUUUACCUAGGGUCAGGGUCACCAGGUACGAUGCUCAAGGCCCACAGCAGUCCUCCAUUCACAUUCCCCACAUCAUGGAAACCCCUCACCAGGCAAGGGACCGGCCUUGGGUACAUUUUUACUCACAUUUUUUACGGUUUUUAGACUGUAUAUAGAUUUGAUUAUUUCCUCAUUGACAAUAAAAUAUAAAUGGACUGUG